GUUUGGAUGAAAUUGGCUCAGUGGUUUAUAAGGAGAUGUCAUUUAAAGUAAAAGUUUACGGACGCCGAACGGCCGGACGCCGGACGAAAAGCGAUCACAAAAGCUCACCCUGUCACAAAGUGACAGGUGAGCUAAAAAAGAAAAAUAUGGUUUAUUAUUAUAAAAUAAGUUUAGGAAACACUCGCAAAGUAAAGACUUGGAGAGAUGUGACAGUACAUUAUCAUGUUCAAAAUUGAUUGUGACACUAAAUAAGGACUAUAUAUGUCUCUUAUCUUUUUGUGUUGUACAUAUCAACUAACUAACUUUGUUUGAACAAGUUUAUCUACACCAUGGCUACCGGUGGGCAGAUGAAUACGGAUAUACUUUCUGAUGAAACAUUUGAUGUACUAUGUACAAUCUGCAAAAGUAAAAGCAAAAACUCAGAAGGUGUAAAAUUCUGUGUGGACUGCCAAGAUUAUUUCUGUAUAGAAUGUGUCCAAGUUCACAGUCAGGUGCCUGUAUGUACUGGUCACACGGUCUUGGAUAAAUCUCUUGUUACAUCAAGAAUCAGCAAAGGUCAGCCAAGGGCAGCAGAAGAGAGAUGUGACAGACACAGUCAUAAACACAUUGAUAUGUACUGUCAGAACCAUGAUACUGUUGGCUGUUCUACAUGUAUGGCAGUUGAUCACAGGUCAUGUCCAGAUACCAUCUACAUUCCAGAAUUUAUUCAAAAUAACACUUACCUAUCAGCCUCAACAGAAAUACAAACAAAACUUAAGGAAAUAUCCAAGACCCUUGCAGACCAAGUUACCAAAUUCAAACAAGAUAAGCAAUGGCUGCUGAGAAGAAAGGCAGAAUUACUGGCUGAGAUCAGAAAAUUUCGACAAGAAAUUAAUGUUCAACUUGACAAGCUGGAGAAAAAUUCUAUCGAUGAGGUAGAAGAUAAGGUUAAACACCUAGAAGACAAGAUUGAAGACAAUCUCAAAAAGCUACAAGCAAACAUGGCCAGGGUUACCUCAGCUAAUGAUAAAUUAGCAUCUCCAAACACAAAUCAAGCUGAAGUGUUUGUUCAUGUGAAGAUUGGAGAAGAAGCCGCAAAUGAUGCCAACAACUGUAUAGCAGAUAACAAAAGAAAGAGUACUGAAGAUAACAUAGAGUUUCAACCUGAUAAAACAAUUAUCACACAACUACAACAAUAUAAAGCCCUAGGUACAUUAACAAAGACAUCUACAAAAACUUCUGGCACCUUAUUCCAGAUAAAAGGGAUACAAUCAUAUUGUGUUACAGAUACACCUGGAAAACACAGUAACUUUGGUAGUGCAUGCUGCCUAAAUAAUGGUACAAUAAUUGUAGCUGAUUACAACAACAAGAAGCUUAACCGGUUCCACAGUAACAACUAUACUGUCACAGAGUACUGUCUACCUAGUGCACCAUUGCAAAUGUGUUCAAUCAAUACAACACAAGUAGCAGUAACUUUACUAUACAAGGAAGAAGUUCAUAUCAUUUCUGUUGAAGGACAAAUGAAAACAACAAAUAAGAUUAACACUGAUUUUUUAUGUUGUUUUCUUGCACAUGCAAAUGACAAUUUAUAUAUAGGAGACAGUGGGUCAGAAGUAUAUAUCUAUACAUUGUCUGGAAAAAAGCUAAAACAGCUCAGAAUAGGGCAACAAUCACUAUUAAGAGCUAUGUAUUUUCCCAGAAAAAUACUAGCUGUCAGUAAAGAUGCUACAAGAAUUUAUGUUACAAGCAGGUUUUUAUUUCACCAUUUAGAUUGUGGGCUGAUAGUACUGGACAACAAUGGCAAGGAAAUUACAAGAUAUGAUGAUGGAAAAUUAAAUAAGAAUUCUUGUUGUUAUGUCACUGAAGCAGGUAGUGUGCUGGUAUCUGGAGGUUCCUCCAAUAAUGUUUUACAGUUUACAUGUGAUGGUAAGCUGCUGGGAGAGAUCAUAAAAGCUGACAGUGGAAAAGGGGACAUUAUUUCAUUGUGUUGUAAUAAACAAAUGUCAAAAAUGUAUGUAUGCAGAGAGUCCAACAACAACAUUGAAGUGUAUGAUAUCUGAUCAGUUUAAUAAAUGUCUGCAAACUACCUUCAGUAAGAAUGUAAUUGAAAGAAUGUUUUAAUUCAUAAUCUACAAACAUGACAGUAAAAAGAACAAGACUGCAUUUGUAAAAAAAUGCAAUGCAGCCAUACUGUGUAACAAUAACAAUAGCAGGAACAUAAGUAGUUUAUCAUUUGCUUGUACAUAUUGUGAAUAAAUUAUCUUACAAUAUUGAAUCAAUUCAAUGUCAAAUAAAACUGUAUGCAAAUAUUUUGGCAAUGUCAAACAAAUCACAAUUAUCAUAUAAUUAUAUCUAGAUACUAUUAUC